AUGGCGCUAGCGGCCGCUGCAGCUGCCGCGGCCGCCGGGGUGAGCCAGGCGGCGGUGCUGGGCUUCCUGAAGGAGCACGGCGGGAAAGUGCGCAACUCGGAGCUGCUGAACCGCUUCAAGCCGCUGCUGGAAGCCGGCGACCCGCGCGGCCGCGCCGCCCGCAGGGACCGCUUCAAGCAGUUCGUCAAUGACGUAGCGGUGGUGAAGGAGUUCGACGGCGUCAAGUUCGUGGUGCUGAGAAAGAAGCCUCGGCCUUCGGCGGGACCAGAGCUCCCGCCCCCUUGCAUCUCUGGGCCACCAGCCCCGCCGUCGAUCAGCACUUGCGUCCCGCUAGGGGAAAGCAAUGCGUCGGGAGCUCCAUGUUCCGCCUCGGAGCGGCGAUCGGUGCCACCACCAGAGGAUCCUGCCCCGCCAUCUGAGUCACAGGACCCCACUGGGGUCCCGGCCUCUCAGCCUACCCAGCCAACUGCGGAGCUGUCGGUGGACCCGGCCCAGCAGCCCGGGGCACCCGCCGAUCUCCAGGCUGAACUAGCCCAGGUCUCGGAGGGACUGUCUGUGGACUCGGUCCCCGCGGCGAGCACGCCGUCGGAGGCAGCCGUGCCCCGCGCACAGCCUACAGAUCCGGAGCCUGAGCCGAGGGCGGUGACAGGACCGCCACCUCCCGUCCUGCACGCUCCGCCGCAGAAGCCCUGCAUGCUGCCGGUGCGCUGCGUGCCGGGCCCCGCCGCACUUCGGGUCCGGGCGGAGGAACAAGGCCUGCGCCGGCAGCUGUCGGAGGAGCCGAGUCCGCGCAGCUCCCCACUGCUCCUGAGGCGGCUCUCGGUGGAGGAGUCCGGCCUGGGCCUCAGCCUGGGCCCGGGCCGCUCCCCGCACCUGCGGCGACUGUCACGCGUCGGCCUGCCUCUGAGCCCCGACGAGGAGGUGGCCGCAGCGCCGCCGCCAUCCGCGGUGCCGCUGGAGCCCACCGAGCACGAGUGGCUGGUGAGGACGGCCAGUGGCCGCUGGACCCACCAGCUGCAUGGGCUGUUGCUGCGGGACCGCGGCCUGGCCGCCAAGCGCGACUUCAUAUCUGGCUUCACGGCCCUGCAUUGGGCCGCCAAGAGCGGCGACCGCGAGAUGGCCCUGCAACUGGUGGAGGUCGCGCGGCGUGGGGGCGCUCCGGUCGACGUGAACGCGCGCUCGCAUGGCGGCUACACGCCUCUGCAUCUGGCCGCUCUGCACGGCCAGGAGGACGCCGCUGUGCUGCUAGUGGUAAGUCUGGGUGCGCACGUGCACCUGCGCGACCACAGCGGGCGUCGCGCUUACCAGUACCUGCGGCCUGGCUCCUCCUACGCGCUGCGACGCCUCCUUGGUGACCCUGACCUUCGAGGCGCCACCGAGCUGGAUGCACCCAGUGGUGGAAGUGGUAGCCUGGCGGCACGGCAUCCCGUGCAGGUGGCCGCUACCAUCCUUGGUUCCACCACCAGUGCGUUUCUGGGCGUCCUGGCCGACGAUCUGAUGCUCCAGGAUCUGGCCCGCGGCUUGAAGAAGUCAAGCUCCUUUAGCAAGUUCUUGGGCGCCUCGCCCAUGGCUCCGAGAAAAAAGGCCAAGAUCCGUGGUGGCCUGCCAGCCUUCUCAGAAAUCUCUCGGCGACCCACCCCAGGGCCCUUAGCUGGUUUAGUGCCCAGUGUGCCACCUGCAACCUGA